AAGCCGUGUUUGGACGCAACGUGGAGUUGUUUACUAUUUCAGUCAGUCCUUUCGGGUGAAAAACAGAUGUAAUUCUAUAAACCGUUGCAUAUAUUGUUGCAUAUUGGACUGUGUGCCUAAAGGAGGAAAUGGGGAAGCCAAAGAAAAAGAGUGAUCUCAGCCGAGCUGAGCUGAUGAUGAUGACUAUUGCUGAUGUCAUCAAGCAGCUGGUUGAAGCCCACGAAGACGGCAAAGACAUCAAUCUCAAUAAAGUGAAGACUAAGACUUCAGCUAAAUAUGGACUUGAAGCCCAGCCUCGCUUGGUAGACAUAAUUGCUGCCGUUCCACCACAGUACCGUCGUGCUCUGGUACCCAAACUAAAGGCCAAACCCAUCCGCACUGCCAGUGGGAUCGCCGUUGUGGCUGUGAUGUGCAAACCACAUCGAUGUCCACACAUCAGCUUUACAGGCAACAUCUGUGUCUAUUGUCCUGGUGGACCAGACUCAGACUUUGAGUACUCCACACAAUCUUACACUGGCUAUGAGCCAACGUCCAUGAGAGCAAUCCGAGCACGUUACGACCCCUACCUUCAGACCAGACAUCGGGUGGAGCAGCUGAAGCAGCUGGGUCACAGCGUGGACAAGGUGGAGUUCAUCGUGAUGGGCGGGACAUUCAUGGCCCUGCCUGAGGAGUACAGAGACUACUUCAUCAGGAAUCUGCACGACGCCUUGUCAGGACACACCUCCAACAACGUGGCCGAGGCCGUCAGGUACUCCGAACGCAGUAACACAAAGUGUGUGGGAAUCACAAUCGAGACGCGGCCUGACUACUGCCUGAAGCGACACCUCAGUGACAUGCUGGGCUAUGGCUGCACACGGCUGGAGAUAGGAGUCCAGAGUGUGUAUGAAGAUGUGGCCCGCGACACCAACAGAGGCCACACGGUACGAGCUGUUUGCGAGUCCUUCCACCUUUCAAAGGACGCCGGCUUCAAAGUAGUCGCCCACAUGAUGCCAGAUCUGCCUAACGUUGGCAUGGAGAGGGAUGUGGAGCAGUUUAUAGAGUUUUUUGAGAAUCCAGCGUUCAGGCCCGAUGGUUUGAAGCUCUACCCAACGCUGGUGAUCCGAGGUACGGGUCUGUAUGAGCUGUGGAAGACGGGCCGCUACAAGAGCUAUACACCCAGCGCCCUAGUGGACCUGGUGGCUCGAAUCCUGGCGCUGGUGCCGCCCUGGACACGAGUCUACCGGGUGCAGAGGGACAUCCCCAUGCCGCUAGUGAGCUCCGUGGAGCACGGCAACCUGCGAGAGUUGGCACUGGCCAGGAUGAAGGACAUGGGCACUGAGUGUCGCGAUGUGAGAACCAGAGAGGUGGGCAUUCAAGAGAUCCACCACAAAGUCAGACCAUACCAGGUGGAGCUGGUGCGGCGGGACUAUGUGGCUAACGGCGGCUGGGAGACCUUCCUCUCCUACGAGGAUCCAGAGCAGGACAUCCUGAUUGGCCUGCUGCGUCUGCGUCGCUGCUCCCCACAGUCUUUCCGACCGGAGCUGAAAGGAGGAGUGUCCAUCGUCCGCGAGCUGCACGUUUACGGCAGCGUCGUCCCCGUCAGCAGCAGAGACCCCAGCAAGUUCCAGCAUCAGGGUUUUGGCAUGAUGCUGAUGGAGGAAGCAGGGAGAAUUGCCAGAGAUGAACAUGGCUCUAGCAAAUUAGCUGUUAUCUCAGGUGUAGGAACAAGGAACUACUACAGAAAGAUGGGCUAUGAGUUGGAGGGACCAUAUAUGGUAAAGGACCUGUAUGGACCUGGAAUGGACUGAACCUUGACAAUGUUUUUAUCUGGACAGUGGAUAUAGACGCACGUACACACACAUAAAUAAUUGUAUUUAUCAAGACAAUGUUCUCCACGAUUGCUGCAGUAGGUUCAGUGAAAUUUGUCUUGUUUUUCUAGCAUUAGAGGAGAUAAUGGUUGGCGCUUUCUCCCAGUCCGUGCUUUUUAUCUGGUGCACACCAGGCAACGCAGUAGCAUAUCCUCCACUUUAGAUAAGGAUACGCUGUGAGAGGGUGGAAGGAAGAAAGCCAGAACAUCUUGUGGACGAGGUUUGAAGUUCAAUCUCAGAUGCAAACAUUUUUUUAAUGCUACAGAAAAAUAAUGGUUUUAAAAAUAAAAAAAGGUAAUUUUUAGUCAGUUUCUUUUUUCUAAACUGCUAAACACACAAACAAUGGCAUGCUGACAUUUAGCUUUCUACAUUGAAACAAAUGGGUACCACUGGUGCCUUUCCGAUGAACUCUGUUUCAGCAAGUAGUACUAAUUAAUUUUGCCAAGAAAUGAGAACCAUCCUGCUGCGACAUUUUUUAAUUCCACUUGAAUGUCACAUUUGUCUGUUGAAUGUCUCGGUAUCCCCUGAAUAACUUUGGUGUGUUCGUCUAGGAUGAGAAACCUGUUUAGCAUCAUUGUUUGAGUUAAUCAUGUUUAUGUUGCAGUUAAAUAGAAAACCCAUUAUGAGUCAAGCGUUGAUUAAUGGUUGGCAGUGGAUGAAUGAACAGUGGGUAGUGUCCUCGCUGGGCAGCCGUUGUGAAAUUGCACAAUUUCAAUUUAUAGGGCAGGAAAUCGAAUAUUAGUGUUACAUAAAUUGCUUUUUAAUGCCUCACAGUUAAUCCUGUUUCUUGUUUGUUUUUUUUGGUCAUGCAUAUUUGGGCUUCAUGUAUUCUGGUAAAUUCCAUGUUUAACACAUCACUUGGCCAUUUUUUUCUCAAGGAAUAAAGUAUGUUUCAGUUAC